AUGAAUCAUCAAAUCUACACCGACCGAACUUGGACGAGGGCGCUAAAAUACUUUGAUAACCAAGAUUUAGACCGCUCACUCUAUGUCUUCGAGAUGAUCUCUCGCUCGCCUAGGAUCUGUUUCAACAUGGGCAUGGUUCAGGCUGGCUUGGGCGAUUAUCCAUCCGCCGUCGACUGCUUCCAAGCGGCAGUCUCUGAUCAAUCGGCCUCGCCCGUAGAAUACUUUCAGCUUGGGGCCCUCCUCUUUUCUCUCGAAGAUUAUGAACAUGCUCACCAAAAUUUCUCAGUGGCUCUGUUGCUCAUGGGUGGGCGUUCUCGAAUUGAUUACCAAGAAGCAGGCCUCAACUUCUGUUUGUAUGCUUGCGAGGUAAUCUUCAAUUGCGCCAUUUGCCUGCUACAUUUGGGGAGGUUUGACGAAGGUACCGAGACCUUAUCGGAUGCUCGAGAGAAGCAAGAAUACCCAUCGCAGAUUCCGUGUUCUCUGGAAGUUUUCAGCAUCCCAGCCUUGAGCGAAGACGGCGGGUACGGCUCGGCGACCCGGGCGGAUUACUGGAAGGUCUUCCAGGUCCCCAACGGGACCCUCUACCGCCCGGUCACUCAGGAUUCAGACACGAAAUCCCAGCGCCCGAGCUGCAAGCUCGAAAGCAUCCCUUCCAGUCCUACCGAGUAUCUGCCAUCGAUUACGGAGGAGUCUUCUAGCGACACUCACAGCGCCCCCCGCAGUCUGAGAUCACCUUUCAAACCUUUCAAACUCUUCAAAAUCGGCAAGCAGCGCUCGUCUCCUUUCUUUAAGGCAAACUAA